AUGCCGCAUCAGCCGAAGAAGGCAGUGGCUAAGGUCACGAGUAACGAGGCUCGGGAAUCUGCUGCUAAGGGUCAUCACUCGGAGCCGGUGACGCUGAAGCCGUUGCUUAAAGAUGUGGGGGGACCCUUCGCGGAUGAAACGCGCAUCUCGCUGGUGAAAAAGCCAAACGAGUCGAAGUUACCAUCUUCUGGAAAACCGGCUGAGGAGGGGAUUGACAACACUGAGAAAGAGAAAGACGAGGACAUUGAGGUGACGCCGCCGGCGACUGACACGGAAGCUCCUGGCAAAGGGGGGGAAGAUGAAGAGGAGGAAGAUGAUGGUUAUCUGAGUGACGAUCCGGAGGAGCGUUUUGACCCAGUGAAGGCAGGGGAGAUUGCCGCUCGCGCCGGAUUCUCGAUCACGCUCCUGAUCCCGAUUAAAUCCGCCCCUGCUUCACCCGCGUCUGCCCUCGUGCAGCCGCCCUUUCUUCACCCGCGCCUGCCCUCGUGCAGCCGCCCCUGCCUCACCCGCGCCUGCCCUCGUGCAGCCGCCUCUGCUUCACCCGCGUCUGCCCUCGUGCAGCCGCCCUUGCCUCACCCGCGCCUGCCCUCGUGUAGCCGCCCCUUGUCAGAAUGA